AUGGGAUACGACAGGGCCAUCCUCCUGGAGGGCCUCUCUGAGCUGAUUGGUGCCCAGGUGAAGUCAUCAGCGGGAGGAGGAGGAGCUUCCGGUAACACCUUCUUGCGCAGUGAGGUGUCCGGCGCCCCUUCCUCCUCCAACACGCUCUCCGUCGAGGACCUGCUCUCAGCCGUGUACUUCCCAGAACAGUUCUGGCAGGACAAGACCUCCUCCGGAAUCGGCCUGCGCUCAGCGCCCCAGGGCGUGUGUAACGACCUCUUCCUGACGGACUGCAACUUUUUUGACCCACGGUUCGACUAUGACUUCACCAACAUCAAAGAUACCACCACCUUCAUGCGUGGUAGCGAGGUGUACAAGCGCCCGUGCGGCUGGCAGCGGUACGCCCUCAAGGUGCUCAACAAGUACCCCGACGGGAACGCCUGGCUCGGAUCCGCGGGAUACCGCACCUGGUCCGACCCCAACGAGUGGCCUGUGUCAUACCACGGCACCGGCGAGGACGGCGCCAGGGGCAUAAUCAGCACGCACUACUUGGCGGGCAGUGGGGCGCGCUACGGCAGGGGCAUCUACUCCACGCCCGACCCCACCGUGGCGGAAAACGACGGCUACGCCAAGACCUUCGUCUCCAAGAGGGACGGCCAAAAGUACAAGAUUUGCCUCCAGAACCGCAUCAACCCGCGGAGGCGCCAGGUGCACAACGGGGGCAAGUACUGGCUGAUCCCCGUGCCCCCCGGCACCGACGCCUGGCAGGAGCGGGACAUCGUCAUGGGCAACAUCCGCCCCUACAGCCUGCUGCUCAAGCGCUGCUGAGGAGAGGAGGCCUAUAUAAGCAGCCAGUGGGUGCAUCCCAAUAUGUGACCUUGCCUCCUCCACUUGUGCUUGUCUCCUCGUCCCGCCUCCUGGCCCUUCCUCCGUGGAGAAAACGAUAAAGUUUCCCAGCUGUCAGCCUCGCCACAACAACUUUUGAGGGACUGUUUUUCAUUCACCAUCCCAAUUUCAAAUGAGAAAAAGACUUCACAAUUGAGCUUUUGCAAGAUAUUGAAAUAUAAUGCUGUUGUCAGUGAUGUCAUCAUGACGAGAAGCAAGUGGAGGAGGCAAGUGGAGGAGGCGAGGUCACAUAUUAAAACGCACUCAGUGUGUAGGCUAACUAGCAUGCUAACAAGUGUGUAACUUUGCUGGGGAGAAUAGGCUAUAAGCAGCCAGUGUGGAGAGUAGGCAGUGAAGCACUUAAAGGGCCCGUGCGUAACUUUUCAAUAAAUUCGAGUUGAGAGGAGUAGGGAGACUUAUUUGGUCCAAUCUUGACAUUUUUAGUACUGUAGUACAGUUCAGUAGAGUACACACUGAAAGAAAAGUUAGUUGUAUUUACUUGAUUUGCUUUUUACUUCAUUGUGGACAUUGGUUGCACACACAAAUGCUUAGCUUUAGCAGCGACGUAAACAACUGAGUCAAUUCAACAGCACAGCAGAGAGUCAGCUGUCAGUCACGAUGUCAGUUUUGUCAACAUUUUCCUUUUUAAAUAUAGGCCACUUUAUUGUGUUCAUAUAGGCUUCAGUGAAUUCAUUAACAAGCCUGAUCUUUCAUUUGUGGACACAUUUUCAUCUUAUUUUACCCCUCCCCUUGCGUGCAUGUCACCA